CUAACUAAGAUGACAAUAAUUUACCCAUAGUCGCCCGUCCUCUGUUUUUUGUAUUUAAUCAAGCAUGACAAAUGACGUGUGGCCUACAAUAUACUCGGACAGCCAUGGCGCCGCCGACAAAACAUCAAAGCCAACCGAGAAAUUUAACUCAUUACAUCUCUUCCUCUCAACUCUGAAUCUUGCAGCUGCUGAAAAUCCAAAACGAUGUUCCUUCUCCUCCACUUCCUCCUCACUACCUCCCUCCUUCCUUUCCUCCCCUCCGGCGGCCCAAUUCCGGCCCACCAGCCCACCAUCCCUUCCUCCCGGGUGCUACCAGGCUCUGCCGACUCCUGCCACCUCAACCUUCCCGACGACUUCUUCCGCGGCAUCUCCGCUGCUUGUUCCCAGGCCGCUGGAGGUGACCUCUGCUGCCCGGCGCUGACAGCGUGGCUCUUAGCCGCCUACUCGGCCGAGGCGCUCGCCGCACAUGUGCAUUCAUCCUACGAAAAUGAGCUUCCUGUCCUUCCCGGCGAAACGGAGCCGUGCGCAGCGGCGGCGGAGGCGGCGCUGAGGGAGCAGGGCGUGGAGAUCCAAGGAGCGAACGACACGUGUGGGGCUGUGUCGUGUGUGUGCCGCGUGGGGCUGCAUCCACUGCAGUGUUCCGGGUCGUUCGUGGUCGGCGGCGGAGGGGAGGGAAUGUGGGUGCCGGCGAAUGACGUGGCAGAAAGUCUGGAGGUCGAUUGCGAACGGCCGGGACUCGGCGGGUGUGCUACCUGCCUCAAGCUUCUUCGUGAGGUGCGUGCAAUUACAUGCAUACCACCUAAACAUUGCUAUUUACAAAUCUAA